AACCCAUAUUAAGAGUUGUAUAGUUUGGUUUAACUAAAAGUUCAAAAAGCAUUCAAUGUAGCGAGUUCUUGUCGCAGACUGCUUCUUGUGCUUCUCUGUAUCCCUCGAGACAGUUGCCAUGAUGACAAACUUCUGUGAACUUCCUGUGGUCCUAACCGUGGGGUUGUCCACUGUCGGGUGAAAGGUGAACAGUUUGUUCCAUAGAAACGUGUUUGAUCCCUGUUGACUACGUUGUCAUUUAACAGCUGGAAUCCGCUUGGAACAAGUGUACGGCUGUAAAUUCACAUCUUUCUAACUGUUUCAUACGAGCGAAACUGAGUGUUACACUUUUCAGCCACCUGUCAAUUCAUUUUUGCGGGGUUCAUAUAAUUGAACGGUAUAAUGUCCACGGAGGAGACGGAAAAAACAACUGAUGGUAGUGGUGCGGGAGACGAAGAAGAGUGGCUAUAUGGAGACGAAGAUGAAGAACAAAAGGACAGCUCAUUGCCUGGGGGACGGGAGAAUGAUGGGAAUGAUGUGGCCGAUCAGAGCGAAGAAGAAAGCGAGAGUGAUAGUGACGAUGAUGAUGUUUGUGUCACAAUUGGUGACAUCAAGACGGGGGGGACUGAAAGCACGUCCAGUGGAGCCCUAGCUGUGAAUUUCAACACAAAGACCUCAGGAUGGACACUUGGCUUAGGAACCACGAGGAAAGGUGUGGAUCUGAACGCUCAGGGGAGUGUGAAUGGAACUCCUCUGCUGGAGGUAGACGUGGAGUCCUUUGAUGAAAAGCCAUGGAAGAAACCAGGUGCGGACCUCACUGAUUACUUCAACUAUGGCUUUAACGAGGAGUCAUGGAAGAUCUACUGUGACAAACAGAGGAGGGUUCGCAUGAGUCUGGAGGUCAUGAGUUUAGGAUCAUCCAAAGCUCUGGGGCGAACAAGUUACCAUAGUGACCGCUCCCUCUCCAAGUCAGACAGCUUCUAUGAUUCGGCUUCCAGCUCAUCAAGGAAAUUGAGCAACUCCAUCAAUGUCAUCGGAGGACAGUCAGGAACCAUCAGCAGAGUAGAAGGGCGCAGAAGACACAAUGCGGAUGGAAGUCAAAUCCAGGUGAUCUCAGAGCCGUCCUCUGAUGGUGAGACCACGCCCACCAAGAUGCCUUUCUUCCCUCCGAACAUCCCCCCUCCCCCUCUAUCCCGCCUCUGCCGCGCGCUGACUCGGACAGGAAAUGAGAUCCAGAUGGAUCCUCUGGAGGAAGGUGAACCACACUGGAGCAGGGGAGCAGGGGAGGAGGGGAGGGGAGGGGGAGGGGGCCUGGAUGGAAGGCCUAACCAAAGCCAGGCGCCCUCCUCACAAUAA